AUGAGGGUUAUUCGUGAAUUGUUUGAUUUUACAGUUACAAAAGACAUCUUACAAGUACCUUUGGUAGAGGAUGUUAUGGUUGACCGACUAGUUUGGAAGAAAGAACAACAUGGAUCUUAUAGUGUCAGGUCGGGGUAUCACAUUUGGAGGAAGGCGAGGAAAAGAAAUGGAGGGGUGGCCGUGAAUGGUAAUUGGAAUAGCUUAUGGAAGAUAUCGGCACCGGCUAGAGAUGCUAAAUCUGUUAUUAUUGAUAUAUGUUGCAAGGAAGGUAGUAAUAUUGUUGGUAGAGUAACGGUAAUGAUAGAGGGCUUGUGGAGAAAUAGAAAUGAUUGGGUUUGGAAUAAAGAGAAGGAAGAAGCUACUAAACUUGUGGAGUCCUCCGCCGAGUGGUCUCUUUAA